GUUCAGCCCGCCAGUCCUGCUGCAUGGCAACAGGCGAGAGGGAUUCCCCCCGUGUGUCGCCUCUCCGUCCUCCCCGUCAACACUCCAACCGCUCCACCGUUCACAAUCAAUCAGCGUGGCUGCUUCGACCCGGCGCGCCCAUCAGCGGCGGCAUGUCCUGGAAUACAGCGUAAACGCGCGACGCCGGAGCAGAAACUUUAAACGCGGGGGGGAAUAAUUCACUCCUAAAAAGAAGAAAGAGAAAAGGAAAAAAAAAGCUAGUGCAAGUGAGCCGCACAGGACUCUACAUCCCCAGAUUCUCAUUGAUGAGGCAGCCUCCAAAUGACGUCGAGAUGGCUUUAGGUGGAACACUGCUGCCGUCGAUAUCCACGUUCGCCAGCGGCCCCACUGUCAAGAGCAAAUCCAUAGGAAGCGGCAAUCUAAGAUGGAAGGAGGAGUUGUCCCUUCUUAAGAGACCCAGUGUGCCGACCGAAAGCAACUGCUCUGACCCAGACCAUCCCACCGCCACCAGCACAACGAGCCCCAGCAUGUCCAAAAAACACGCCGAGCCUGACUUGGACUUGGACUACGACUUCAUCCUGUCUAACUCCAUGCUCCAGCAGCAGCAGCAACAGCAGCAGCAGCAGCAGGAGGAGGCCAUGGCGUGCAGCUCUGCCCAGGCCCUGUCUCCUUCCCCUGGCUCUUUCUCCUCAACCUACCCUCUCCCCUCCCCUCAGGGCACCGCCAGCGAGCUCCUCUAUACCAUCCCGGACAUCAGCGACGUGUCGCCCUCCGGAGGCUUCGUAGCAGAGCUCAUGAGGCCCGAGUUGGACCCGGCGUACCUCCACCCCACCAGCCUCCACGGCAAGUUCGUGGUCAAGACGACAAUGGACAUGGGAGAGUACAGCCAAGGCGUGAGCAUAACAAAGGCUUGCGUCAACGCGGUGUCGGACCCUUCAAGGGUCUCGCCGUCCUUUCCGUGCCACAGGAUAAAGCAGGAGAAUCCAAGUAACUGCACCAUCUCGCAGCCCAUCGACCUGCACCUGGCCGGGGUGAACUCCCAGGGCCGGGGGAGCCAGCAGCAGCAGCAGCGCCCAGGCCACUUGGAGCUACAUGGCUUCCCUGGCGGAGGGAGAUCCAUGACAGGUGGCAGGUUAUCAUCCUCCUCCUCCCUCUCGCCAGACCAUCCUCUGAGCCGGGAGGUCCUGGGGCAUCCCCACUCUCAGAUCAGUCUACCUCCCCAGGGAUACCACCACGGCUCCACACAGGGCUACGCCUCCUAUCCUCAGCCAUCCUCCAUGCAGUAUCAAGAGCCCCUCAUGAUCACCAGCGGCGACUGCCUGCCGGAGGAACCGAAGCCCAAACGUGGCCGGCGCUCCUGGCCGAGGAAGCGCGUCGCCACGCACACGUGUGACUAUGUUGGCUGCGGGAAAACGUACACGAAGAGCUCCCACCUCAAAGCGCAUCACCGCACACACACAGGGGAGAAGCCUUACCACUGCGACUGGGAGGGCUGUGGUUGGAAGUUUGCACGUUCGGAUGAGCUCACACGCCACUACAGGAAACACACAGGCCACCGGCCGUUUCAGUGUCAGAAAUGCGACCGGGCCUUCUCGAGAUCGGACCACCUUGCUCUCCACAUGAAGAGACACUUAUGAUGAGACUUGGCGAUGGGAAUUGAAGGCUCCAGAAAUAAACUGACGUCAGCAGAGCAAACUUUUCCUAAAAACCAUAAUUUGCCUUCAGGCCGUCGUCAAAGGAACUAGACAAGCUGUGGUGUUCACGGCAAAAAAGAGCAUUACUCCCUCAAGAGCCUCGAGCUUUUCUCCCGAGGCCGACCCCCCCGCAGGUGACUCGACAAGACCUCUCAGUCAGGGUUGUAAACUUUUAUGAAAGGGACCAAACUGGAAUUUGUCUUAUUUAACUGACAAAACUUGGAGGACCAGGUGCCAACAGCUUUUUAACUGGAAGUGUAUUUUCUGUCAGGGAAACCAGGAGCAACAGACAAACAUCUCCAGAGGCCUUCUACCAGCAACACGCCAAUAUAGGCUCUCUUAACAACUACACACUGUAUUAGUAAAUACAUCUAUAUUUAUAUACACAUUUCACCUGCAAUGCCAUUAAUUUCAGGUACAAUGUUAACUUAUACAGAAAAGGUGCUCAGUGACUUUGAAGGGUUUGUUUUUUUUUUUAAGAAAAAGGUACCAAAGAUUAAGGAAAAUAUACAAAAAGGGUGAAAACUAUGAAAAAAAGUGCCAUAUGGUUGUUUAUGCGUUUCCUAGAAACCUCUCUUCCACAAUCGGACUUAAAUCAGGUGAACACUUCACUUAUAAACGGUGAUGGCAAUCUUCAAUGCACUGCAGCUGCAAAGUGCAAUAAUUUAUAUGAGACAUUCAUAUUUUUGUAUUGAAUGAGUGAACUCUGAACAAAGAUUUUUUUGUUUAUAGCCAAAAAUAUGUAAUAUAAUCUUAAAUUUUGUACAUUUGUGAAUAAAAAUGCUUUGUUAUGG